AUGAGCGAUAUCCCAAUCCUAAUAUCAUCAGAUGAUUCCGAAAGUAGUAAUGAUUAUAUUAAAAAUUUGCCCUCAGUAGAUUUUCAAUCAUCAUUUAGUUCAGAUAAUACCGCUUCAAGUUCAACAAAUGGAUCUCGACCUACAACAAGAUCAAGAGGCAAAAGAAAAAGUCUCGCUAAGACAAAACAAGCAGCUGAGAGGAAUACAGCAAAAGAAAAGCUUGCUGAACAGAAGGCGGCAAAGAGAAAGGCUCAAAAAUUAAACAAGAUUUAUAAACCAGGAGAAUGUAUGAAGUACAUGAAAAUAGAAAUGCAUCCAACAUUUUUGGAAAAAUGGUACACAGAUGACAUUGAACAUGAACUGAGUAUGUGUGGUGCAAAGGUCCUGUCUUCUUCAGAUCUCUUCACAACAGGUCUGGUGCUGUGGAAACGUAGUGUGCCGCCAUCACUAGUUUCUAUAAAUGGUCAGGUAGAAAUGACUACUUCGCAAGAGUACUGCGACCGUGGUUUGUACGUCAUCACGGCUAAUGAUGUUGUCGCGUAUGUGUGCGAACACACACUGGCGAAACAUGUCGCCCAGAUACGCGACAUGGCCGAUGUCAAACUUACGCUUGUUAUUUUCGGCGUCCAAGAUUACUUCAAACAUGCAGGAAAGAAGACUAAACAAAAUAAGGACCUUGUUAUGACUGAGAUUGAUUUGGAAAUGGCCAUAACUGACUUGUUAGUGAGCACUGGAUGCGACGCAGUGCUGUUGGACCACGCCAACGAGCUUACGUUGUUAAUAACGCAAUUCACAAAAGCUAUAGCAGAGGCGCCUUACAAGAAAGCAAAACGCGAGUGCGACGAGAAAGCAGAAUUCUAUAUGAGAGGCGACAAUAAAAAAUGCGUUCCUGUGGAUAAAGACGGUAACGGUAUAAGUAGGCUCUGGCAGCAAAUGAUAGCUGUUUUGCCACAUUGUAGCUUGGAGACAUCACGCGCCCUCUGUGCCCAAUAUACGACGCCAUUAGCCUUGUAUGAGAGUCUACAGUCACCAGAAGGUGUAAAGGCGGUCGCAGACUUAGGGGUGUCACGCGCGGGGGUUCCCGGUAGUAGGGCGCGUCGUAUCGGUCCAGAGUUUGCCAGAAAACUGCAAAUAUUAUUUACUGCUGAAGACGGAAAUACUUUGCUUGAUUAA